GUCGAUUUUACAUCCUCAGUCAGGAUCGUUAAUAGAUUUCAGAGAGCAUUGAGCAGCGUGCAGAGACAAAAACAUGGAGCGAAAUGUUGGGUCUCUACAGGAGCAGGCCCUGAAGAGAAAGGAGAGGCUAAAAGCAAUACGAGAAAAACAACUUUAUGGUCGAGAGCAGGAAGAGGGUGAGCCAGAGAACAAAAAAGCUUCACUAGAGGAGACUACUGAAGAAAAGCACAGAGAGCUGAAGCUGAGGAAUUACACUCCAGAGGAUGAAGAGCUGAAGGGGAGGCAGGUGCCCAAAGCCAAACCUGCAUCAGUGGAGGAUAAAGUAAAAGACCAGUUAGAGGCAGCUAAUCCAGAGCCCAUCAUUGAAGAAGUGGAUUUGGCCAACCUCGCCCCAAGAAAACCAGAUUGGGAUCUAAAGCGUGAUGUGGCAAAGAAACUGGAGAAGUUGGAGAGGAGAACACAGAGAGCCAUCGCCGAGCUCAUCCGGGAUCGUCUCCGAGGCAGUGAGGAGGAGUUGGCCGGAGCGGUGGGGGCAGUAGGACUGGAGGAGGGAGACUCGGACUAAAUCCCAACAGAUAUAUCCCUACAGAGGGAUGGCCUCGUUUUACUAGGACUGUACUGUCACAUAUGUGUUGUGCUCAAAGAGACAGCUACUUUCAUAGCUGCAGGGAGUGUUUUCUGUCAGGUCUUUAUAUUCCCUUUGUGAGUCUUGCCUUGCAUCAUUGUAUUAUUGCAAAUUAAUAUGUAGUAGUACAAUCUGUAACAUCAAUAUUUUGUUGUAAUAUUUUAUAUUUUCAAGUAAAAUAAUGUGAAUUUUUC